AUGGUGCAUCCAAGCUUCACAUUAUACGGCGAGCAACUCGAGUCGUUCAAGCUGGCUGGUUCUACCUCCAUCGACUCUGUUUUCACCGCCAUAACCGAGGCUAGUUACAGGCAUGUAGAUACAACAACUGAGUAUGGCGUACAAGAAGAUGUGGGGUGUGGAAUCAAUGCAACCAUUCAGGCAGGAGUUGAGAGGAAGGAUAUGUUUGUCACUUCCAAGAUUUGGUGGACUGAUCUGACUCCGGAUCGGGUUCGAUCAGAGUUGAACAACACCCUUCAGGAACUUCAACUUGAUUACCUCGACCUUUACUUGGGGCCAGCAGGCCUCCAAAACCGCGGAGACGUUCUGGAGUUCGACAUGGAAGGCGUGUGGAGAGAAAUGGAGUCUCUCUUCAAGGAAAAACUCGUUAGAGACAUUGGAAUCUCCAAUUACACUGUCAAGAAACUGAAUAGCUCAUCGGAUUCGCUCAGGAUUAUGCCUUCCAUUUGUCAGGUUGAGAUGCACCCUGGCUGGCGAAACGACAAAUUGCUCCAAGCCUGCCAGCAAAACGACAUCCAUGUUAUGCUUACUCGCCGCUGGGAUCGUCGGAAGAGAGGAACAAGCGUCAUCCUGAAAUCAACCCACCAGAAUCAAAUCAAACCGAACAUUCAAGUUUUCAACUGGGAAAUUCCUCAACCCGAUUUUCAAGUUCUUUCCAGUAUUUCUGAUAAGAAACGGGUGCUGGAUGGGGAAGAACUGUUCGUCAACAAAACCGAAGGCCCUUUUAGGAUAGUGGCCGAUCUCUGGGACCAUGACGACUGA